UUAAUUAAUUAACGAUCUAUCCAAGUGUCGUUCAUUCGCAUUUGAUGCAAGAUGUUAAAAACGAUGGCCAAGGGUACUGAAUCCCAUUAAGUCACAAAAAUGCCGUUACUGAAUGUUAACACUAAACCAGCGCGAUGAACUGGGAGGCUACGAUCAUUUACAUUCAUUCUCUCUGAUUGGGUCGGGUCAGAGACGUGUUCAAAGAUGGCUGCUACCAUGGUGGAACAUGUUGUUGCUGAUGCUGGAGCCUUUUUGAAAAAGGCACCAUUGCAGGAAUUUGGAAAGAAUAUAUACACCGUGAAGGAGGUUGUGGAUGAAAUCCGGGACAAACAGACAAGGAGGAGUCUAGCAUUUCUACCGUUUAAGCUCAAUUUCAAGGAGCCCUUCCCAGAGCACGUACGAUUUGUGACUGAGUUCUCCAAAAAGACAGGAGACUACCCCAGCCUGUCAGCCACAGACAUAAAGGUCUUGGCUUUAACUUAUCAGCUGGAAACAGAAAAUGUGGGAACUGGUCACCUAAAGAAAGAGCCUGAGGUUAAAGUCAACAUUUGUAGCACACAGCGACAUCCUGAGGCCCCAGUCAACGUUGCUGGGUUCCACCUGCCAACAAAGAAACCACCAGAGAGGCCAGGUACAGGCAAGACAGACCCUUCCUUCUCACAGAGCUCCCUGGCCCCUGAGAGUGCAGAAUUCAACAGCUUCCAGUUCUGGAGGAAUCCUCUGCCCAGUAUAGAGGCUGACUUGCUGGAACUAUUGAAUGCAGAAACAGUCUCAACAACAGAUAGUCCUGGUGAAGUGGCUGAAAAGCUACAGUCAGUUUGCCUCUCCAUUGAGGGGAAAGAUGGAUCUUCUCAGCCAGCCAGAGACUCAUGUGAGGAUGGCAGUGCCUCAGAUGAAGAGACAGGAGAGGAAGAAGAGGAUGAUGAUGAUGAUGAUGAUGAUGAUGAAGAUGAAGAUGAUGAUGGUGGUGGCUGGAUCACUCCCAGUAACAUCAAACAGGUUCAGCUUGAUGUGGGUAAUUGGGAGUCUCCUGCCAAUGUCAAAGUGGGCUGCCUGACCACAGACUUUGCUAUGCAGAAUGUACUGAUUCAGAUAGGACUCCAUGUCCUCUCGGUGAAUGGAAUGCUCAUCAAGCAAUCCAGGAACUAUAUUCUGCGUUGCCAUGCCUGUUUUAAGACCACUACAAACAUGACCAAAGUGUUUUGCCCAAACUGUGGGAACAAGACACUGAAGAAGAUCGCAGUGACCGUCAAAGAGGAUGGCAGCCUGCAGAUGCAUUUCUCCAAGAACCCCAAAGUGCUGAACCCCAAAGGGAUGAGGUUCACCUUGCCCAAGCCACAGGGGGGCAAACAUGGCAACAACCCGCACCUGGUGGAGGAUCAGAGGUUCCCUCAGCAGCGACUGUCACGCAAAGCCAGACAGAAGACCGAUGUCUUUAAUCCAGACUACAUCGCUGGCGGGUCUCCCUUUGUAGAGAAUGACAUCUACAGCAAAGCUGCCAGCUUGCAGUUGCGGGAUACCCACAUCGGUGGGGGCAGACGCCGUGCCAAUCCCAACGCUGCCCGCAAGAAGUUUGUCAAGAGAAAAUGAACCUCCAUGCCGUGUUAGUGGAUUCAGGUUACAGCCACAUCAGUUGUGUAAGGAGUAUAUGAAACAGACAGGGAUCAUGAGGCAAGCACAAUUUGCUAUAAGCUCCAGUAAGACGCACUGAUAUGCAACUAACCUGAGGCUAUA